AUGUUGCAACUACGCGAGGAAAUCGAAAAGCUACGAACUCGGUUUGGAAACACGGGGUCUGAGCCGCCAAACCUGCAGCUUUCUGCACUCAUCACGAUCGCCGUGAUCGAGGCUCUGUCGGCGAAGAAAACCGACAUCCAGACCUUCAAGUACGCGUCGCGAUACCUCACCCCCGAGGUGUACGACGAGCUGGUUGGCGAACGCACUUACGAACACAUCUGCGGGUACCCUCCGUGCGGACUGGUGCCCAAGUCUGCGUCGGGCAAAAACAAGAUUCUCGGCACGCUGGCCCAGAACCAAAAGUUUGACGUGCCGUGGGCGUAUCUGCGGACCUUUUGCAGCAAGCAGCACUACCAGGCGAGCCAGUUUUAUCGUGCACAGCUGUCGUCGGACCCUCUGGACCUGCGAGGCAGCAUCUGGGGCGACUAUGGCUCGUGCAAACAGUACGAGGGCAGCAUCAUCCUGCUGGAGGAACUGACGUCGGACGCCCAGCAGGGCAAAUCCAUGGCUGAGAUUGUGGAGGGGUUCACGCAGAUGUCGCUCAAGGACCCCGAGCUCGCUAGGAUGAACAUUCCUGCCAACGGAGACGAGAUCACCAAGCUGGGCAAGGAGAUCCAGGAGAUUUCGCUGAGAGAGCGCGAGGACGACGAGAAUGACGUGGAGCCAGACUACGAGUCGUUGGAGGACAUGAGUAGUAAGGAUAAGGCCAGUGCUAUUGAGGGCUAUAAGCCGAGAAUCCAGUGGAGAUAG